AAGAAGAUAAAUGCAGGGUCAAAUGUUUUCUUUCCUCUUUGUGCUGGAAAUCAACCUCUUUCUCUUUUCUGUUUUUUUUUCUUCCCUUUCGGACUUUCCUCUGAGUGGAGAGGAGGCAGAGGAGGCAGGGCUGACUUUUGUGAAGUUUAGCGCCGGGAUCACAUCUUUGUCACUUUGUGCAAGCUCACACACAUGCAGCAAACGUGCGAGCACUGGUUUUGUCUUUGCAUGCUGCAACCAAGGAUUCUACCAUGGAGAUAUAAUGUUUUUUGUCUUCAUUCCAAAUUUCUGGCUUCGGUGAUGCUUUUUAGGAAGGUUUCGCACCUUUUUUUACCUACAGAUGACUGUCGGACUGGUUUGGAUACAGCCAAUGGGACAAAUACAAAGGAAGAAGUAACAGAAAGCAAAAGACUAAAUGAUGGAAUGGCUGAUGCUCGUUAUGAUAAGUAAACAGGAGUCUGGAAUUGACAUGAGGGUGAUGUGAAGUAAUUUGUUUUGGAAGUAGACAUACCGAGGUAGGUUAGAAGAGAGAAAGAGAGAGAGACAAGAGGGCAGUGGGAGGGAGGGCAGACUGUCAAUCCAGCCUUCUGCGACACCAGUGUGUGUUUUGGGGGUGGACAGUGUGGCUUAGCUUCCAGAACACCACCAGACACCAACAGGAGAGGGACGCCGUCAGUUGUCCGCUUUGUGUGUCUCUGUAGUGAAGCCAGACCUAUCUCUGAUCCCACACACACACGCACUCCUCCAUCUGUUGUCCAGAACUUCUGCCUUCUACUUCCUUCGCUCUGAUGGACCCACAGACCUAAUUCCUGGAUUCCAGCAGCGAUGUGGAAAAUGUGGGAUUAAACUUUCUGAAGCAAUGGAUUGGAGCCUGGAGGCAGGAAAGCCAAACUGUUUGAGUGAAUGACUUGAAGACCCAAGAGAAAACUUUUACUCAAUCUCUAUUUCUGUGUCUGGACUCUGUCCUCAACUCUGUGACGAUACUUGAGCGCGUGCAGUCCAUGGUGGUGGUGAACAAUGUGGGUCUGACUGAACUCGGUGCACUGAUGCCUGCUGCUAUGCUCCCAUGUCCUUCGCCAGCCGGGUCGGACUGGAGCUUCCAGAACCCAGUGGGGGUGGACUGCAGCUCCCCGGAGCCUCGCUGCAUUUGGUUGGCCGUUCUCCACAGAACCAGGAGUCCAACACCCGUCACCGUGCCGACUUCGCACAACCAAAACUCAUGUCAGCUCAGGGUAAGGAGAGGUCAUCCAUCUUUAUCAGCACAGAGAUUAAGCCUGGCUAAGGGGCAGAGGGAUGGUCACUCCUCAGCAGGUGACAACCCUCGGCCACCGAUUGCGACCCGGCCGGGAAGGGAGGGGGUUGGCGUGGGCUGGAAGGGUCCCCGGACGCUGGUCCUCCAGAAGAACUCCCAGGGUUUUGGUUUCACGUUACGCCAUUUCAUUGUUUACCCUCCAGAGUCUGCUCUGCACACAAACCUCAAGGAUGAGGAGAACGGCAACGGGAAGGGGUUUCAGAAAGAACGACUGGAGCCGAUGGACACCAUAUUUGUAAAGAAUGUGAGAGAAAAGGGUCCAGCCCACAAGGCGGGUUUGUGCACAGGGGAUCGAUUGGUGAAGGUGAACGGAGAGAGCGUUCUUGGAAAGACGUACUCGCAGGUGAUCACCCUCAUCCAGAACAGCGAGAGUGUGUUGGAGCUCUCCAUUAUGCCAAAAGAUGAAGAUGUUCUUCAGCUGGCAUAUUCCCAAAAUGCUUACUUGACCGGGAACGAAGCCUUUGCCGGGGGAGCUAAGAACCUCCCGCAACCACCUCCCUUCUGUUACCCUCGUACCAGGACCGCCCCCCAUCCUGGAGCCCCGCUUUGCUCCCCCAUGGGCCAGAACCACCUGGAUAACAGGAGCUGCUGGCCAGGGUUUUCAAGCCCUUCGUCGCCCUUAGAUAACAGAUCCGGCGUUGCCAGCCCAGCCAGCUGGCAGGAGGGGCAGGCAGGUGAGCCAGGUGAAGUGGGUCAAAGCAGUCCAGCGCGCCACACAGAGGAGAGCCAGUACGGUAUGACCAGCCAGCAGCCUCAGGGUCAGACCAGGAGGCGCUCCUACUCUUCGUCUUUCUCAUCUGGAGGUCUUCUGUUCAGCCCUUUGCAAGUCCACCAUCCCAACCACCAGAGUGGUGGGUCCUCCCAAGCACAGCCAUGCAAGUCCAGCUCAACCUGGACCAGUCCACCUAUGCCCCCUGCACGCCAUAGACGCAAUGAACGCUGCCACCAGGCCCUCUCUGACUGGUACUACAGCCAGCUACCCGAGCACUCAGGACGCAGCAUGCAAACCCGCCACCGCAGCUACUCUCAAGACCGGCUCAGUGAGUACAGGAGGCAACAGCAGAGGGCAGGUGACUGGCCACACAGCGCCUCACAGGACACGCUGUUCUUACUGCAGCAGUCAGGACAAGGACCUCAGGGUGAGCCCUAUUGGCCCACCGGAGACUGGGAGGCAGGACACGAUAGGGGCCGCUCUGAUUAUACUCGAACACGCUCUGAAAAUCUGCUUGCCCAGUACAAUUGCCAUGGCCGCUCAUUGGAGAUGUUGGAUCGAGCAUCAGCAGGAAUGGUCUCACCUCGGUCUGAGAGGCAGCCGUGGCCCCAACAGGCUUCCCAGCCACCCCACAGGACUGACGCCUACCCAAGAACAAGGUGCCACACCAUCGUAGCAUCAACUCCAGUGCCUCGACCGUCACAGUCUAAACACCACCCCCAAACCAACAACCAGGCCCACUCUCAGCCACAUCAACGGCCCACCCUACAGAGCAGGUGGCUUCCUGCUGGACAGAGCAUGGAUGAGCAGCAGGUGGGCUACCGCAGCUACAGCCCGUCUUUUUACCGCAAGACGGGCCGCAUCCUGCAGCAAGCUCACUCUUUUAGGGACCCGUCUUACUCCGGUCCCCAUUUGAACUGGAACCCAGUCCCUAAAAGUGGUCCCCCAGAGGGAUCAUCAGCACCCCUGUUUGCUUCAACUGCCCUCACCUCUGUCUCCCCAGAAUCCCAAGACAGGGUGUACAGGCCAACAAACCAUGAGAGGGAACAAGGGGCAGUGGACGAACCGGCAGAGAUGGCAGCGCAAACACAGGAGGUGGUGCUGAGGCAGAAACCCCCGACUUGGCGGAGGAAUGUCAACAGACAUCCCCACUAUGGCAUAACUAUGGAUGAACUAGAACCCGCUUUGUUUACUCCUGAUCCCAAAGACACAAAUGCUCACCCUGGGUCUGUUGAAGAGUUAGCCCCUCGUAAAGCAAAUGGCAACCUUGCCCCCCUUUCUUUAGAGGAUGACUCUCUGGCCUCUAUCCCAUUCAUAGACGAGCCAACCAGCCCCGGUGCUGAUUUGCGUGCCCGCCACGUGCCGGCCUCCUCUGUUGUGUCCAGCGGCAUGAGUUCAGCGCCCCCUGCGGGCACCAGCCCUGCCUCCCCCACCUUCACCUUCCCCCCUACUAGGCUCUUCUCACACAACUGCAGCUGUAUUAAAUCCAGUCGCCGUUCCUCCUAUCUCCUAGCCAUCACCACGGAGCGCUCCAAGUCAUGCGAUGAAGGACUCAACACAUUCAGGGAGGAACGUUCCUUAAGGCAACCAAAAAGAGUUAAGAGUUUCUUCGGAGAUGGGUUGCUGGACACCAUUGGGACAGUCGAGGAGGUUCGCUCCAAACGUCACUCCACCUCAGAGCUGGGAAACAUUACUUACAGCGACAUACGGCGGGAAGGAUGGCUGCAGUUUAAACAAAUCCUCACAGAGAAGGGAAAGAAAGUCGGUAGUGGGAUACGGCCGUGGAAGAGAGUCUAUUCCAUUCUCCGCUCCCAUUCGCUGUUCCUCUACAAAGACAAGAGGGAGGCGGUACUCCGCGGGGCCUCAAUUGGAGGCGCGGCUGAGGACGAGCUGCCCAUCAACAUCCGGGGCUGCCUGGUGGACAUUGCAUACAGCGAGACCAAGCGAAAGCAUGCCCUGCGGCUGACCACCCAGGACUUUUGUGAGUACCUGCUGCAGGCGGAGGACAGGGAGGACAUGCUGAACUGGAUAAAGGUCAUCAGAGAGAGCAACAAGACGGACAACGAGGAGCUUGGAUUCUCCAGACAGGCUCUCAUCAGUAAGAAGCUAAAUGACUACAGAAAACAAAGUCCAACAUCAAGUAAGCCAGAUUCAUCUCCCCGGAUGCAACGCAUGAUGUCUCCAUUCCUGCUCAAUAAGACGGAAAACACAGCUGGAGCGCCCCGCUCCCCAAAACAAGAUGGCAAAGAUGAGAGCAGCCCUCCAAAGUCUCCGUGGGGAAUUAACAUCAUGAAGAAGUCAAAGAAAGCUGGGCCCAAAGCUUUUGGUGUGAGGCUGGAGGAAUGUCAGCCUGGUACAAACAACAAGUUUAUCCCUUUGAUCGUUGAGUUCUGCUGCGGUUUGGUGGAGGAGAUGGGCCUGGAAUACACCGGAAUAUACCGAGUUCCCGGGAAUAACGCCAUCGUCUUGCAGCUUCAGGAACAGCUCAACAAGGGUAUGGACAUCAACCCUGCAGAAGAGAAGUGGCAGGACCUCAACGUUGUCAGCAGUUUACUCAAAUCCUUCUUCAGGAAGCUUCCAGAGCCUCUGUUUACCAAUGACAAGUACAACGACUUUAUCGAUGCCAAUCGGAUGGAGAAUGCAUCGGAGCGACUGAAGACCAUGAAGAAAAUGAUCCGAGACCUUCCUGAUCAUUAUUACCACACACUGAAAUUCCUCAUUAGCCACUUGAAGACGGUUGCAGACCACUCCGAUAAAAACAAGAUGGAGCCUCGUAAUUUGGCUCUGGUGUUUGGGCCGACCCUGGUUCGAACCUCUGAGGACAACAUGAAAGACAUGGUCACCCACAUGCCCGACCGCUACAAGAUCGUUGAGACGCUCGUCCAACAUUGCAUCUGGUUUUUCACAGAUGAGCUCGAUAAGGAUGAGAAGACCCCGGUGGACACCGAGGACGUCCAGCCUGCCCCCAACAUUGACCACCUUCUGUCCAACAUCGGCAGGACCGCUCUGCUCGGGGAGGCUUCAGACUCAACCAACAGUGACUCGGCUAAAUCAAAGGGGUCAUGGGGUUCAAAGAAAGACCUUACCACCAAGGACUUCCUCGCUCUGUCCAUCAUGUCCGCCGUUACAGGCCGCAAGCGAAGGAAGCGCCACCUCGCCCGCCGUGUUGGCAGCAGCACCGAUGAUGACUCAGAGCAUGAACCGUUCAAAGCGGGGCACAUUGGGAUGGAGGAGGAGGAGGAGGAGGCAGGGUUGCCAGUGGCGGAAACUGCUCCUCGAGCUGAGGGAGAGGAGGACGAGGAGGAAGAGGACGAUGAUGAUGAUGAUGAGGAAGUUGUAGAAGGUGGAGGGAAAGAGGAGGCAGAAGAGGAGGUGGUCGUGGUUGUUUCCAGUCGGCCGUGCUUUAAAGAGGAAGAGGGUGGAGGAAGGCAGACAGCUAUUUUGUUGCAGGAGGAGGCAGUGCAGCCUGAGGUGAAGGGGCAGCCAUGGAGAGCACCGGAUGAUGCUCGCUCUAUUGUCUCUGGUUACUCCACCCUUUCCACGUUAGGGCGGAGCUUAGGGUCAGAGGGCAGGGGCGACGAUGCCGAUGAUGAGCACAGCGAGCUGGUGAGCGAGACGGACAAUGAGAGCGGCUUCGCCUCACGCUCUCUUACCCAGGAGCGACCCAGUAAACACUCGACAACACCUGCAAACCCGCAACCGCCAACGCCUCGCAGCUUCCUCUACUCACAGUGCAAACCCCCUGUCCUCUCACCCGCAAACCUCCUCCAGGCCACUCCCAUCACUCACACAACUGACUCUGCAGAGAGGAAUGAAGAAGGAGCUCGCUCUAACACGCCCUCUUCUUCCUCCUCCUCCACCGCUCACAGACUGCACUCGCGGCCCUCCUUUAACUCCCACAAGUUGAUUCAGUGCGACACUCUGGCCAGAAAGAAACUAAAGUCGGAGAAGACCAAGGCCUGCUCCCUGGACUUGCUGGAGUCUCAGGGUGAGGGGACCGACUCUGUGUCCGAAAGUGCACCAAGACCAAGGAGAGACACCUCCAAAAUCAACCCUUCCUCAGGCAGCAGCCAGGAAAGCCUGCGACAAUCCCGGUCCAGAUCCGCCUUGCCGCCCAGCGAAGCCGCCUCCUUCACCCCAACCGCCCCGGGCGGCAGGUCUUUAGCUGAACAUGUCCGGGCUCGACUGCUGGGCUCUGCCGACGACCUGCGCAGUGUGGGGCUGCGAAAACCCCCGUCGCCUGAGACACGAAGGAAGAAACGAGCGUGGCGAAGACACACCGUAGUGGCUUCACCCACCGAAACAUUCGAAAAGAGACCCCCGCUGACCGUCAAUGAGUUCCCUCUGUCCCCCAUGAACCAAAACCAGGUGAAAACUCAGGGGCUAACUCAAGGAGCAGAUAGCCUGGACCAAGAACCAGUUACAUGCCAAGUCCCCACCUCCAGAUUCCACCAGUACCUGUGAGAACUUCCAGGGCUAAGCAGGUCCAACACAUUCAGUUCUUUCCUUUUAGCCUCCAUUUGCAUGGCAAGUGGCAUUCCUGGUGUUGCAAAAGCUUUAGGGGUUUUUGUUUGCUUUUAAAAAAAAAGAAUCACUCAAAAAUAGUGCUGAGACAUAAACCGAACUCACCUUUAUCUGUGUUAUCUCCAAAAAUUUCCAAUUUAGUAAAAAUAGAAAUCCCUUUCUUCCCGACUGGUCGGAUAGAUGAAAAAUCCUUUCGGGUGAUCAGAGGAGGGCGCUGUCCUGCAGCUUUGCUCUGGUUGAGAAACAUGGUGCUUUUAGUUGAUGUAGUUUAAUGGUAAAUGUUACAAAAUAUUAUCAGACACACAGAGUUAGAAAACUGUUUCAGGAGUAAAGUCAACUGAUUUCUUUCUUUUUUGGUAUCAGUCUUCCUGACCACGCUCACUGUAAAAGUCCAGCUUUUAGUCCAACCGGUAGGCGUUUUCCAACACAUGGAUACUGAUGUCUGUCUCUACCUGUUAAUAAUGUUUAUAAGUGUUUGCGCAGAAAUGAUCACGUUUUGUAGCAUUUUGUACAAAGCCUUGUUAAGUUAACCUUUGUAAAUAUAAAUAUGUUUGUUUUCACCUGUAAUUUUUUGUUAUUUUUAUAUGGUUUACAAAACGUGCACAGAGUGCAGUCAUUUCCUUCAAGAAGUUACUUGAAAUGUUUCCCUUAAUAUAUUAUUUUUUUGUUUAUAUUCAAUAUAUAUUAUAUAUUUUGUAUUAAAUUAAAAAAAAUGUACUUUUAUUGUGAUCGACCCUCUUGAACGUACCCGUUCGAGGGAGAUAAACACGAUGCAACCUGUUCCUUAUUUCUCCAUAGAUGGCCUUUCUGAUUCACAGCACUGUGCAGAGUACCUUUAUCUCCUGAGAUGAUGACUUUUAAUGAAAGUGAUCUACUUUAAGCAAAGAUCCAUCAACAAACCUAUCUGGGAAUUGCAUGUAGCGAACCUAGCAGAUCCCUUUGGGAUAGUUUGCUGGCACCUCUUCGUGACAAACGGCUGAGCUCAUCGCUGUUUUCAUGUCUGGGAUUACUGAGUGUUACCUCAGAUGUCAUAUUUUCACCUUUUUAGUUUGGGAUCUUUUUUCAGCCCAGCCCCACUGAGAAUUCAUCUGUCGUCACAGUUAUUACCUUGGGGGAUGUGUGUGACAGGGAGUUUUCCAUAAGGUCAGGUUCUAAUAAAUCCUAACUGACUGAGAGAAAUGGUACAGUGGAGAAAUUGAAAACAGGUCUUUAGAUACAGUGCUGUGGAAAGUAUUUACCCCCUUACACAUUUGUUUCUUUAUCAAAGGAAAAAGAGUGUUCAACCCAACCUGGCCCUGUGUGUAAAGGUAAUGCCCCCCCUUGUUAAGUCAUGAAAAAAGUGUGAUUGACCAUAGGUUUCGGUUUAGUUUCCGUCACUGUAAAAUCAAGAAAUCACUUCAAUAGAACCUGUCUGACAACAUGAAGUAGGGCAAAAAUAUUUGAAAAGGCAGCACAUCAGGUCCUGAUCCAAAGAAAUUAAACAAAGUUUAGAGAACAAAGUCUUAGACAUACAUCAGUCUGGAAAGCGUUACAGAAGAAAUUUCUAAUCCUUUGGGACUCCAGUGAACCACAGUGAGAGCCAUUGUUGGACAGUAGUGAACCUUCCCAGGAGCGGCUGGUCAGACAAAAUACUCCAAGAGAGUAUUGAUGAAUCAUCCAGUAGGUCACAAAAGAAACCAGAACAAUAUCUAAAGCCACGGUUGUUGGCUGGGAGAUUCAACAAUACGAGACUGGACCAAAAAUCCUACUAUAAAAACAGCUUUUUAACACUUAAUCAAGUUGUCUUUGAUGUUAAACUUUGUAUCAUAAUAUGAAACAUCUGAGUGUGACAAAAAAGAAAUAUGUAGGGUGGGAGUACCUUUUCACAGAACUGUAUAGGAAAGUCUUAUCUUUUGUGUUAAACCAUCAUAAAGAACCACAAACAACUUCUCUGACCAAAUAUUCCAGUGAAGAAUGAUAAUAAAGUUCCAGUUUUUUCGUACCUCGAGAUUCUUCUACAAGUGCCUGAUUUUCUGGAAUGUGUUGUUCUGCGGUGCCAUGUGCAGGUGUCAUCUUUUUCUUUAUUUCCUUAUGUUGUAUUUGGUUCUCCUCCCUCCCCCUGAUGUGGCUGACGGCCUGGCUAAGGCGACCGACCCAAAGACGUGUGCAUUAAACUCCGAGUGAAAAGAAAAGCACACUUCAAGCCAAGGACACAUCUAUGCACUCCCUUCGCCUCCAACGAGAGGCGCUUAUAACAGCUGUUACUAAUGCUGCUAAAGACGAAGGAAACAAAUAAAGGCAUAGAAAUCCCUCAGCUGCUUUUUUCUCCCCGAAACAAACUGAGGUCAUCUGUCUGUGUGAUUAUGGUACACCUAACAAGCCCUACCCUAAAACCACAUUAGGUCAUGCCAGAUAAUAUCAAAUUUCCUAAAGGCGAACAAACCUCAUCAGUCGAUGUGUUAUGUACUGAAAUGUGAUUUUAUCCAAUGUUUAUUGUUGUAUUUUAAAACUAAACAUUUUUGUACAUACAAUCUUAAUAUGUAACAUACUGAACUGUGUACAUUUUGGAAUUGCUUUGACUAUAACUGAUGAAAAAGACUGGACUAAAAAAAAAAUAAUGCUUGUCCGCCUGAUUUUUUUUCCCUUGUGGCUGUUUGCUUCAAAGCAAAGGUAUAUGAUGUAAAUAAACAGAAGUAUGUUUAAAAAA